AUGCCCGUCCCCUUCGAGGCGCUGCUCCCUUAUGGGAUCAUGCUGGCCUUCUUCGGCCUCAGCGGUGCCGGCAUGGCCAAGCUUAAGAGCCUCCAGAACGGCGGCAACCGCACAAGGCACUCGCUGGAUGCUUGGGAUAGGCGCGACCGCAGGUUGACUGGCUACCUCAGAGGUCAGACGGACAAGCCAGAGGCACCGGAGGGCUUCGAGUUGAACAAUCCCUGGAAGCUCGAGAGGCGGGUUUUGUAA